GGCUUUUCUAAAUGUUCAUAUAUAAAUUUUCAUGUUUUUGUCUUUCUUUUCCACACAAAAUGCGAGUUAAGAGAAUCUUGAGCAAAAAAAUGAUUAUAUUUCAUUUUUUUUUCAGCAUACUCAUCGACGAAAUAGAAUGAGGUUUAUUGAUUUCUUGUCGAUCUAUUAACAAUCGUGAAAAUUUCCAUCGCAUUUUGCCCAUAUUAUUAGAGAGUUAGCGAUAAAGUCUUUUUUUACACCUAACCAUGACUUUGUCAUCACGACAGUUGCUCACAAUUAGGAAGAACUUCGGAAACAUUGGACACUCAUUUACUACGAUUACGAAGUAACGUUAUCGGGAGCCAAUCCAAUCGUAACUUUUACCGAUGAUAAAAUUCAUUAUUUCUAUUGAAAGAAUUAUGAAUGAUGAAACUUAAUAUUCUGAUGUUUUACCCAUCAACCUGACAGCAUGAAUCCAUCUCGGCCGGAGGGAAAUAUCCGAAUGCCUGGCCAUCUACAGAAUUUUAUUCCUACCUUCGAGACUUCGUCUUCGGAGGAACAAUCGGUGGGCCCAGACCAUCGAUUCGUUAUGGACAACCCUGGUUGUUCAAUUGUCAACGAAACGGAAGCGAGCUUGCAAAACGCCAUGGAGGCCUUACAGGAUCUUCCACCUAUGAGUAACCGGCCUUCACCUAUUGUUGCGACCGCUGAAGAACAAUCCGAUGAACAUCAAUAAGGACAACAAUGCCAGAACCUUUACAAUGCCCCCUAUCAACAAUAAUGGCAGGUCCCACCGUAUCUUCCUCAAUUCAAUUGAGCGCCCCAAUACGCAACAGAAGAGUUGGUUGCUCAACUCAGACCUCAGACGAGAUAUAGCUUUGCUUGAAAAAACCGUGAAGAAAGGAAUGCGCGAACUGAAGGGACUGUAUGAGCGGGAUUUUUCGAUGGAAUUCCCAUCGAAACCAAAGGCAUUACCACUGUCCAACCCCGAGCAGAUAACCGACUUCGAGACGAUUUCCGACGAUGACUACAGGAGCGCUGUUUUAUAUUUAGGUUCACUCGGUGGCCACACAUUGAUCGAGACAUGCAAUGAAAUUUUGAAGAACGCUUUGAAGGAUGCAGUAUGCUAUAUGCCGCAGCUGCCCGAAAUAGGAAUUAUCCCAAACCGACUUGGUCGGAAUUCACGGAUGCCAUCGUCAAUGCGCUCCGGAGUUCAAAACAGCGCCAUCGAAAUAGUGUCAACAGAGGGAAAACCCGCAGGAGGACCGAAGAAAACCGUCAUUCCCGAAUGGAUUACGAUGAGGGAAGCGGAUAAUCAGAUCACGUGGCUUUGGAUGAAAAUACGGAACGGCAGGAGCAGAAUCAACGCACCACUGCCAGACCAUCUUGCCGACGUUUAUUGUCCACGUGCUCCUCAACUUCGGACCAUCCAAGAGUACAGUCUAGUUCCCCAUCCAAUAGGUUGUUUCGGAGUACCGCGUGCCGUCGAUAAAGCAGUUCGCGGCAUUGUACGCAAUACACAUACACAAAAGCAGCGUGGCACUUUGCGCCGCGAAGAGCGCGACGUGCUGUGUGUUCUGUUGCUGUUGCGUUACUCACGCUCGUUCGGCCAAUACAACAGCACGGCGUGCUGUUCUGUUGCUGCUACAUCACUCACGCUCGUUCGACCGAGACAGCAGCACUACUAAACGAUACAACUUGAUUAUUCGCGACCACUGAACAAUUCUCUAUUGAUUUAGCGAUUGUUUAAUCGAUUUGAACAAAAAAUAAAAAAAUUUCGGCUAUAUAACUUGCACCCAAAUUUUGUUUAUUCGAUUAUGAAGUAAUUAAUUACUACUAAACUUUUCAAUUAUAGUACUGACGACUACUAAACGACCACUUAAAGAUAUUAUUAAUAACAAAUUAGAAAAGCGCAAGUUGUUUGGCCAAGUUUACGAAGGUCAAAAGCUGACAGAUGGUUGUACAAUAUAUAUUAUAGAUAUAUAGACAUACGUUCAUGGAGUCUGAUAGUCUGAUCGUGGUCGGUGAGCUGGAGUCAGGGUUGCCAGAUUUGACGAUUUGGCGCCAAAUUGUCGAAUUUCGAAGUGCCUGUGACAACCGAAAUUUUUCAUUGGCGAUUUGGCGAUAUUUUGGCGAAUCGUAAAUGGCAGUUUGGCGAUUUUUGGCGACUGCCUAAUAUGAUACUUGAACAUAUUCAAUGUAGACACGAUAUGAGUGUACUAAAUAAUUUUGCGUGAUGUCAAUGACUACGUUUACACGGCCGUCUUAUUCCGGUUUUGUAUAUACAGAUGGGUAUAUUUAUAUAUAAAGACAGAUAUGCAUUUUGUAUAUCUAUAUUGAUAUAACUAAACCGGAGUAAGAGCGCUGUGUAAACGUAAUCAAUGUGAGUACGAUAGGCAUAAAUUUUACCCACCGUGCAUAUUCCUCAUUGAAGUUUUUCAUUGGCACCACUGGGCUUCAACACAAAAGACUGGUAGAUGCAAAACAGUCGAUAGAAAAUAUGUUUCUGUUUUACCAUUUGUGAUGAGAAUUCGUGAGUUCCGUACAGAUAGAGGGUCGAGUUGUAUUUUUUGUCGUCACUAGGAUUAAACACUCGCUGAUUUGUAUUCAAGCGCUGCAUAAGCAAGGAAAUCAAGUGCUUAGGAAUUCUACGAGUAAAAUAUCCAUUUUCAUGCAAAAAAUUGGAAUAAUAUUAGAAAGAUUAAAAUAAAUUAAGUCGUAUAUUUUUUGUACGAAUGAAAAAUA